CUCCAAAUUUCUUUUUUUUUUCUUUUCUCUCUUUUUUUAUUUUACGGCAAUCACCAACCAAAGAAAAAUAGCCCCACCAACGCCACUUUAGACCCUAGCAGAAUUUUGACGAUUAUUGGAUUAAUUCUUUUAUUAACCUUUUUAACUUUGGUUGAUACUUUGGCAUCGAAUCUGAUUAAUUCAGUUUCGCGACAAAACCCAUAACCCAUCAUUCCUUCUUCCAACCUCACUUCACCUUCACUCACCUCACUAUUCACCGACCUUACCCUCAAUACCUACCACAGUAGUGUAUGUACAAUCACUGUAUUAAACAGUACAGUACAAGCACAACUUUGGCCCUUAAUCUCGCAUCCGUCACAAGCUUCAACUACCACUAACUAGUGUAAUCUGAUUUUAUUCAGAUAAAGCCUCAUAUCAACCCCUCCCCCUCCCUUCUCUUCUUAAUUUUCAGUUCCUAAUUCCGAACUUUCCUUCAACCUUUGCGCCGUCUUGACCUGAGAACCUACUAUAUAUUGGUAGGAUUGGGGUAUAAGAAGUCCUGCCAACCCGGAGCUUCCGUUCUCAAGUCCUCUAGUCAUCAAUCAACAAGUAGGAGGGAGCAAAACAGAACAAGACAGAGCAAGGCGCAAAACCUUUUGCCGACCGGCUUUGAUAGCAAAUCGUCUACGAUUUAUAAAUCUCGAUUCACAAAUCUCUUCACUUAUAGCGACUCACCAAGUUAUCUCGUCUACACAUGGCUACCGUUGCAAGCAGUCGGCCCUCAGGCGCCGCUCUGUCCCCUAAACAGGACUCUGCACCAUCGCAUCAAUACACUUGCAACACAUGUCAAGUGGCUUUCCGUCUCGCUGACACACAAAAAGUUCACAUGAAGAGUGAUUGGCAUCGCUAUAACCUCAAACGCCGUGUUGCGUCGUUACCUCCCAUCUCGUCCGAGGUCUUCACCGAGAAGGUCUUCCAGGCCCGCGCUGCAACUACUGCCGAAGCAAACCGUGCUGGCUUCCAACAAGCAUGCGAAGUCUGUCAACGAACGUAUUAUAGUGAGAACUCUUUCCAAAAUCACAUCUCAAGUCAGAAGCACAAGGCAAGGGAGGCGGCUUUACAACGCCAAGUACCCAGUUCAGACGAUGCUAGUUCAAUGAUGAGCUCUACCUUUUCUCUAGGCGAUCCUGUUUCCGCCCAGGAUGCAGUGGAUUCUGAUGCCGAGGAGGAGUUCAAUGAGGUGGUCGAAGGUCUUCAGAAGACCAACCUAACUGAACGCCCUUCUCCUGUUAAGCGGCCAACAAAUCCUCAUCCUUCUGCCGAAGCACAGCAUAAGAGAGAACAUCAUGUAUCAGAAGAGCCUAGUGAAGUUACUUCUGAUGCAUCGACACCUGUGCCAAAACUCACCCUCAAGUCAUGCUUAUUCUGCAAUUAUGAUUCGCCUACCGUUCCCUUGAAUAUUGUUCAUAUGGAACGUAUUCACAGCAUGUUUAUUCCAGAGAAGCCAUACCUUGUCGAUGUAGAAGGUCUCAUGGGUGCUAUGCAGCAGCGAAUCCAAGAAUUCCACGAGUGCUUGUACUGUGGCAAACUCAAGGGCACAGCCCUUGCUGUACAAACACAUAUGCGCGACAAAGGCCAUUGCAAGAUCCCUUAUACUACGAUAGAUGAGCAGGUCGAGAUUGGUGAAUACUACGACUUUAGAAGCACAUACUCAGACGGUGAAGAGUCCGAAGAUGAGUCUGUUGAUGGUAAACAGAACGGGGGAGCUAAGCUUGGAGCCAGACGAUCAGCCAAGGCUAUGGGCGAGGAUGGAGAUGAAGUGGCGGAGGAUGAUGAGGGCUGGGAGACUGAUAGUUCCACGUCGUCUUGCAAAUCAGAAGACCUAGGUUCUAUCCCAGUUGACCACCACCUUCAGCAAUUUGAUCGACUAAAUAAGCAUCCUCACCACUCUUCUUAUGACCCUCGACACCACCACCAGAUGGAUGGAUGGCAUUCCCAUGCGCACAAGCACCGCGCCAUCUUCUACGACGAUACUGAGCUACAUCUUCCCUCAGGCCGUGCUGUUGGUCACCGAUCUUUAGCAAGAUAUUAUCGUCAGAACCUCCUCCCUUAUCCUUCGCUUACCGAACGUGCGAAGAGGUCUGCCAUUGAGGCGGGCACGUUGGAUGAUGGUAUUGCUCGGAUACCCCGUGGACGAAAUGGUGCUGUGACCAACCGCGCAAAUGGCGGACUUGGCAUGGUGGGCGUGUCGGAUCAAAAGAGAGAUGAAGUUCUUCGAGCAGAGAGGCGAAGUCUUAAGAAGGCAGAGCGAGCAGACAGACGGAUGCAGUGGGCGGAUAACAGCUCAAAGAACAACCAGAAGUAUUACAACUACCAAAUCUUGUGAGGCAGGCCAGGGAUUUGGGGCAUGGUUGCAAGGAACGAAGAGUUGCAAUCUAUGGAAGGCAUUCGAUUGCAACUCCAAUCGUUAUGCUGUGUGUUGGUUGGUAUAAAGAGCAUAUUGAUUGCUACUACCACGAGAAAUGGCAGAGAUGACCGGAUGCGGCAACCAGGUAGCAUAAGUAGCCAGUAUAAGUAGGUACCUAGUUGAUAAGUUCAAUGAGGCUUUUAAUGAAUGAACUGACAGUGCCUAC